CCAUUCUGAUUUUGUUGUCCAUUCAUUUACGCGUAGUACGAUCACGGCGUGUAUGUGGAAUUUUUCGCACAUCUUCUAACAUUUGUGCCAAAGAAUAUCACUAGAAAGAUUACUUUGAGUAACAUUGUUUCAUCUGAUCAGACGAGUAGGCUAUACAGAAAGUAGAUUCAGUCAUUUGGGAAUCGUAGCAUCUGUACUUCUCACUUCACAGAAACCGGGUUAGUCAUGUCGGUGAACUCCGCUCCAUCGACGCACCACUGAAAUCUACCAGUACCAGUACAUGCAGUAGGACCACUGCACUGACGACUCGUCUUGGCGUGAGCAGAAUUUUACACGAUGCCCAUUACCAUCCAAAAUGUCGAGAAACUGAAAGCCUGGUUAAAAAGAAAACUGGAACCAAUAUGUGAAGCAGACCCUGUUCCUUUGUCGAAGUAUGUCGUCGCUCUUGUCAAAAAGGACAAAAGUGAACAAGAGCUCAAAGAAAUAUGCACAGCUCAGCUGGAAGUCUUCCUAGUCGGUGAAACGGAAGGCUUUGUCAAUGACCUCUUUGAAGCCAUCGCGACCAAGUCCUAUCUGACACAGGAUGGCAGCACCCCUAUUGACGCACAGCAGGAGGGACCCAAGGACAAACAGGGUGACAUACCCGGUGAGAGUCAACCCCCGCAGGUGUCCGAUGCAGACAUGAGUGCCCUGAGGGAUGAGUCGGUCUCGACGAUGAGGAGCAACGAAGCGAUGAAACGAUCCUUGGAGGCAGGCGGGGAGGAAGGGGAGAGGGAGCAGCGAAGGCCGCGCCGCUCCCGGACAAGAUCAAGAAGCCACAGCCCUGGAAGGCGGAGACGACCAAGGGAUGACGACAGGUCUCGCCGGCGGGAUGAUCGCCAUGAUCGCCAUGGCAACCGCUACCACACUGACAGAGACCGAGAUAGAGACAGAGACAGGGAGAGAUACAGUCAUAGAGACAGGGGAUUCAGAGGUUACCGCAGCAAUAGGGACCAUCCUUACGGCGACCGACGUGAGGACAACAGGCGGGAGGACCGGCGCGACGAUGCCGGUAGACCGCGCUCUCGUUCCAGAUCCAGACCCAGAUCCAGGUCCCGGAGUAGAUCACCGGUACCCACCAGCGGCUCUGGCAAUGUGAAUAGCGUCAUCACUGUGGUGGGAGGCGGUGAAGGGAACCAGCCUGCCAGCAGGCCUAGGGAUCGAUGCAGAGAUUAUGAUGAAAAAGGUUUCUGCAUGCGGGGGGAAUUCUGCCCCUUCGACCACGGCAACGACCCGGUGAUAGUGGAGGACGUCAACAUGCUAAACAAGCGGACUCCCCCCUUACCUCCCCAGCCCCCUCCGUCCCAGCCCCCACCCCCACAGAUCAACACCCAGGUGCCUCCCCACCAGGCACCUGGGGGAAUGCCACCCCUCGGACCGCCCCCUGGGGGACAGUUUGGCAAUCCCUUCCCACCCAACCAGCGUCUCGGUCCACCACCGCCGGGGAUGACGUUACCUCCGAGGGGACCCAUGUUGCCCCCUCCACACUCCCAAGGUGGACCCUUCCCCGGGGGCCCUCCCAUGCUAGGGGGACCACCACCACCCAUGGGUGGGGGGCCACCACCACCCAUGGGUGGGGGUCCGCCACCACCCAUGGGUGGGGGACCACCGCCACCCAUGGGUGGGGGACCGCCGCCACCCAUGGGAGGACGUCCACCACCACCCAUGGGUGGGGGUAUGCCACCCAUGCACCCUGGGCAAGCGCCACCCAUGUCUCGGCCACCACCGCAGCUACCGCCCCCUCACAUGGGCAUGCGAGGGCCUAUGCCCCCACGAGGUCCACCAGGCCCAGGUCACAAUGAACUAAGGCCACUACGUCCUCCCCAAGGCAUCCGUCCCAAUCGCCUCAUCGGUCCCCCACUACGUCAAGGGCCACCAAGGCACCUGCUUCCACGGCCCAACCUACCACCUCCAACAUUCCAGCAACGUCCGCCAAGAAUGGACAUGCCCAAGGGACGAAACACAUCAGAUUCCCCACAUCAGCCUGAUGCCUAUAACCCAGAGGACCCUUCCAUAGAUGCCAAGCCUUACUACGCCCCUCCUCGUUCCAUGCGUAACCAGUCAGCCAACUUGAGAUCGCUCAUCGGAGUCCAGACGGUUCCCCUUGCCGAUCCUAAAGAUAUCGAAGAGUUAGAUGCUGAAACUCAGAAACUGGACGUAGCGAGUAACAGGACCGUCGUCAUCGAGUCACCCGAGUCAACGGACAAUCAGCAGCAAGCCUCGGACUCCAGGACAGUCGUUGCGGCCAGCGCCGCCGGACUCAAGAGACCGCACGAGCCAGACACGUCCCAGGAGAGCGAAGACAGCAGCGGGGCAGCGACAACUUCGGUAUCCUCCGGCGCCUCGCCGAGUAAGAUGAUGACACCGGAUUCAACCAGGAAAGUCAUCAGUAGCGGCGGUGGGGGUUGGAGGCCCAAGGCCAAGGUCACCCCUAACAGCCGGACGCUGGAGAUCAAGAAGAUCCCACGGGAGUUUAAUAGCAUCGCCAAGCUGAACGAGCACUUCCAGAAGUUUGGCGUCAUCACCAACUUGCAGGUUGCUUACGGUGGCCAGCCGGACGCAGCCCUCAUCACCUACGCCACCCAUCUCCAAGCGAGGGCAGCACACAACUCCAUCGAGGCCGUCCUGAAUAACCGCUUCAUCAAGGUGUUCUGGCACAACGAGGAUGGUGAUACAUCAUCUCAAAAUGCAGGCCAUGGAGCAAGCAAAGUCUCAGUCAAAGACAGGCUAGGAAUCCCAACCAAAGAGCAGCUGACCUUUGUCAAGAAGCCCCCAGAAACCUCAGAAAGGGUUGUUGUCAAAAGCUCCGGAGCCACCCUUACCAAGACCGUGUUUAACCCCGCGGCCCUGAAGUCCACGGCCGGUGCUGCGACGCCUCAGGCCUCGCUACUGGCCGCCAGGAAGGUGGCAGCGGCCCAGGAGGCCGUGCGCAAGAAGCAUGACGAGCAACGCAAGCUGGCCCAGAAGAAACAGAUUGAGAUCGGGAAACAGAAGCAGGAGUUGCUGGUCAAGCUGAUCCAACAACAGAAGUCCUUUCUCACCAAACUUGAAGACAAGAGCUUGUCGUCAGAGAAACGCGCUGAGAUCCUAGGCUUCAUCAAGAAACUCUCCGAGCAGAUGGACAAGACCAAGAAAGAACUGGAAGUCAAGCCUCCUAGCAAAUCCAAGACAGAAGUUCAGAAGGAGCUGCUAGACACGGAGCUGGAGUUGUACAACCAGCAGUGCGACGGAGGGGACGCUUCUGAACUCUACAAGCGGGUCGCCCAACUCAAGAAAGAGAUCAGUACACGCAAUGCAUCACUCAGCUACAUGAACGCUCAGGCAGCAGCCAGAGGCAGUGCCCGUGGGCGCGGUCGAGGGCGGGGUCGGGCCCGACGCCUCAGCCACUCCACCACUACCAUUGACAAGCGGCCUCGGAUGCUAGGCAUCAGUGGGUUUGAUCCAGAGGAUAAGGAUGAAGCCCUGACACACUUUAGUGACCUUGGUGAGAUUGAGAAUGUUGACUAUGAUGAAACCGCACACUCAUACGUUAUUGGCUUCAAGACAAGAAAAGAGGCAGAAUUUGCUGUGAAGAAAGGAGGUAUGUUCAAGGGCAAGCAGCUACACAUGGUGUGGCACACCCCACGACAGAACCCCCUGGCUGGGGAGGCAGAGCAGCCCGACUUGGAAGAGGACGUCAUUGAAGUGGGCGGCGAAUUGGAAGAUGACGAGGACUUGGAUGACAUUAACGAUGAUGAUCUCCUCCUGGAGGACGAUGAAGAAGAUGAUGAGGAUGCGGAGAGCCGAGGAUGGCGUCGAUGAAGCUGCGCCUAUGUGCCACGCCCAUCUGCCACACCCGUUUCAGUGUCUCCGUAUUACCAAUAGAUAAGACAUAUCUAUGUAGUUUUGUAGGGGGCAGUAUUAAGGGCACUUCUCACAACUGCAUGUGUGGAUUGAUUUGCGCAACAUGUGAAAACACGGGAGACCUUGGUACAUAUCAGCCAUUUUGGUCUGGUUUCCUGAAGACAAAAAUGAAAAACGUUGUUAAGAUGCUGCUUCCAUGAAUACAGAUUGUGGUACCAGCCUAUUUAUUUCUUGCAGAUAUGAGUCUCUUAGACUUUUGAUAAAAUAAACAUAAAUGACUAAAUCCAAUUUACAGUCUAUUUUGCCGAAGCACCACAGUCAGUGUAUAUUCAGAGAACGACUUAGCAGAAAGUGUGGUUGCUUACCAGUUUGCAGCUGAUCACCUGCCAAUAUGGCUCGGAAUCACUGAUCUCUAUAUAAAGACUGGAUAGCAUAUAGAGAACCGCAGAAAAAAGCCAUGAAGCCAUAUUGGAAAGACCUUGGUUGAUGUUCUAUAAAGGACAAGUUGCCGUCUUUAUAGGCGGUUGAGAUUCACUUUUGUAACAUCAUGGUUCACCUUGUUUACCUUCACAGUUUUUUCAAACAUUGUGGUUCACUUUUUGAGUGUCGCAGUUCAAUUGUUGCGACGUUUGGAAAUAUAAUCACGACGUCCUUUGUAGAACAUCAUAAUCCGUGUACGUGCACAAAAUACACGCCAAUUCUUUAUACAGUGUGCGUUGUGUCUUAUCUAUAGUAUGUAUGAGCAGAACGUUAUAUCGGCGGCCAUUUUUGGAAGACCAGAGGGAACUAGUUAAAAAAGUGAAAAUUAGUAAAUGUACCGCGUAUGGACAUACGCUAUCCAGUCUUUAUAUGGAGAUCAGUGCCCGGAAUCCAUUUUUGGCAAAGAAAAGUAAUUUGCUGAGUAAAUCUGUGUGCUGGUGCCAUUGGACUCUGACAUUGUGAUAAGUGCCCUAACAUCUGCCCCACCAUUGUCCUUUUGUUUAUAAGUUUUUUUUGUGGUGGGUUCGCUUGCAAAGUUGGUAUUUUUGCUUCAAGUAGUACCCUAAAAUUUUGGAAAUCCUAUCGUUCUCAUCCAAUGAUUGGAUAGGUUAAAUCGAAAGAAUUCCCCAAUGUGAACGUAUUAUGUUUUAAGUCAGUCGCAUGAUUUUCCUACAGGAAAAAAAUCUGUUUUAGAAUUUGUAAGCAUUUCAAUACCAACUUGGCAAGUGUCCCGAGAAUUUCUUAUUUUUUAUUAAAUCUUAAAUUCUGUUAGUAAGAGUAUGAUUGGUUGGUUAAAUUUGACUUUUUUCCCUAUUCCUGUCACAGAAUAUGGAAUACGGAAAAGAAUGAUACAUUUUUUCAUGUCAGUAAAAAAGAUGUUUCACAAAUUUUUGUUUUAACAUCAAUUACCGUGGAAAAAGUUGCCAUUUAUCGUUCAGCUUGUGGUCCUUAAUUCAUAAGUUUUAAUAAUUUGAGUUUGAAAUACAGGUUGAAAUAAUGAGAACAGAUUUGCCGAUUAUGAAAUCUGUUGCAAGUGUACAUAUCUUGAACCAAAAAAUUUGGAAGGAGUAACUGGUGGAAUUUGUGCAAAUGACGGAUGAUUCUUUGUGUUGCGAUGCCCAGGAAUCAUCUGUUUGCAUCUCUGUCAGUGUUUGGUUGAUUUUUGUGAAGAAUGAGGCAUUGCUCAGAGUGGAAGCACGGCAUCAUUAGAAGUGCCUGUGAAUAAUAUUUAUUCAACGAAAAUAGAUAUUUAUCUUUAGUUCCUAUUUUCAACAUUUCCCAGGGAGAGUUUGUGUAGCACGGUAUGUACACAUGCUGCAGAUGCAUUCUCUACAUGUUUGGUGAAGCCCAUGCAAAAAAAUCAUCAUUUUUAUGUUUAAAUGUGAACUUCUCUUUUUCAAGUACUUGCCUUCCUACAGGGUGCCCCCCUCCCUCAAAAAAAAUACGAACCCUUAAAAGUGCCCUCUUUUUCAAAGCUUUAUAAAACAUAAGUCAAAUAUAUUUUGAUUUGUCCAUAAACCUUAAUUUGUUAGCUUCAAUAUACUGAAAACGUAAUUUCAAUCGGUUCAAGACUUGUUGAGUUGUGGCUAAUUAUUAACAAAUAUGCUGCUUUUUCAUUUUGUCCACGGUGUCUGUUUCACUGCGGCAGUGAGAAUAAGGUCCGAAUCUUGCAUCUAUGAAAGAGGCAGCCAUUAGUAGCAGGCAGAGCAGAACAGUAAACAUCUAAGAAGUUACAUAAAACAGUCCUUUUCAAGACUACCAUGUCUUCUGUUGCCAAAAAAAAGUAGAAAAGAACCAAAUAAAGAAAGAAACAUUUCAAAAUUAAAGAAACAAAACUACCCUCUCCUCAAAUCCAUUACAUUCCUUAUAAAUGACAGACAAAAGAUGGCAGACAAAAUGAAAAAGCGACACUUUUUUUAAUUGGCUGUAACUCGAUAAAGAUUUUCCUGGUUGGAAAGAUUUUUUGUUGCUGAAAAGCUAACGAACUAUACUUUUAAAAAAUGUAUCAAAAUUUCGGAUGUAUUUUUUAGAAAGCUGUGACAAAGAGGGUGCUGUUACAUCUGGUAUAAGACCCAUAAGGAAGGAUUAGUUUGUUUGGCAAUGUUGACUGAUUUAUGGACAUUAGAUGAUCGGUUCUCCAGUGUCUGAACACAAAGAUUGCAAGCGUACAAAGUUUUAGUGAAUUCUGUGCUGGAUUAAUUUAUUUCAACAUGUGUCCCAUUCAAGGAGGGGUAGUAUCUUUUAAGGAAAUAAGUGAGGUAUUUGAGUGUGCAUUUUAUCAACUAUUUUGAACCUGUUACUGUGUAUAGUUUCAUGUAAAGUAAUUUGUGUUUGUUUGUACAAACUGACAUAUUUAAGCAACCAAAAAUAAAUACAAACUGCAGUUGAUGUUGUGGCAAGGGCUGAAAAAUCCUAUAUUUGUGAUUGCAUAGCUGAAAAAUUUGCAUUAAAGGAGAGGCAAUCUUGAAAAUUUGGUUUACUUUCAGGCAUGCAACUUUUCCUCGGAUCUCAGAUUUCCUUGUUUUCUACUUCUCAUGAAUGCCAUAACAAAUUGAAAAACACUGUACAAAGUCUUGUGUGGUUUGUAAUGUCCUCGUUUUCUCUAAAUUCCCAGUUGCAUGCCUGUACUUUACGUUUCACUGUGUUGAGAAUGAUUGUUUACAAAAAAAAACACUAUCCUUUCCUUAUUUAAAACAAAGAAACUCACAAUGUCAGUUUCAACAAACAUUACACAAUUUAUGUAAUAUUGUUAAGAUUAGAUCUUAGUGCUUAUUAAAAAAAAAUGCAACCUGUUUACUCCACAUUGUUAGAUCUUUGUACUCUUAUAAGUAAACAUUGUAAUACAUUGUUUGCGAUUGUAUAUUUAAUGAAGUUAAAAGAAAAGAAAAGAUUAAAAGAUAGAAAGAAAAAAUAAGAUAAGAGAAAAAAGAAAAGAAAAGAAAGAUCAGAAAAAAAUAAAACUGGUCACAUUUUGAAAAGAAAAAAUAAUAGAAAAAAAAGAACAAAAAAUAGAGAAGCAGCAAGUUUGAAAUGAUUGUGGCCAGAUUGAGUUUGAUCAAGAAAAGAAAGAAAAAAAAACUUUCUGAAAGUUCAGAAAUGAAAACCAAAAAAAAAAAAAAAAAAA